AUGUCAUCGAUCCCCAAUCAAACUCUAUAUAAAGACAAGCACAUAAAAUUCAUAAUAGACCAAGAGUCAAAUCGCUCGUAUGAGUACUGGCUCAGUGAACAUCUACGUAUGAAUGGUUUGUACUGGGGUGUAACAGCACUUAUAACAAUGAAAAGUCUCAACGACACAACUCUUCCACAACAAGAAGUGAUCAAAUACGUAAUGAGUUGUUGGGAUGACAGGUUUGGCGCAUUUGGUUCCUUUCCCAAACAUGAUGCUCAUAUACUAUCUACCUUGUCUGCGCUUCAAAUUUUGAAAAUUUAUGAUUCAAGUCUAUUCCCGUUGAGUGACGAUCUGAAGAAAAAGCUUGUUAAAUUCAUCAAAGGGUUGCAAUUACCCAACGGUAGCUUCCAAGGUGAUCGGUUUGGUGAAGUUGAUACACGGUUUACUUACACUGCAAUAUCUGCAUUGUCAUUGCUAGAUGAGUUAACAACAGAUGUAGUUAACCCUGCAGUUGAUUUUAUAAUGAAAUGUUUGAAUUUUGACGGUGGAUUUGGUUUGGUGCCUGGCUCAGAAUCCCAUGCUGCACAAGCAUUUGUAUGCGUUGGUGCACUUGCAAUAAUGGAUAAAUUGGAUGUUUUGGCCAGAGGAUUAGAUGAAAAGAUUGCAAGAUGGUUGAGUGAACGACAAGUUUUACCUUCAGGUGGGUUCAAUGGCCGUCCUGAAAAGUUGCCUGAUGUAUGCUACAGUUGGUGGGUUUUAUCAACAUUAUCCAUCCUAGGGAAAUCUCAUUGGGUGAAUUUGGAAAAGUUACAAAGGUUUAUACUAAGCUGUCAGGAUCCCAUUGAAGGAGGUAUUAGUGAUCGUCCUGAUAAUCAAACUGACAUAUAUCACACCUGUUUUGGAAUUGCUGGUUUGAGCUUGAUUGAUUACACCAAGUUUGAUCUUGAUGAGAUUGAUCCUGUUUAUUGCAUGCCUAAAAGAAUAACAAGAAACUUUCAGAAGUGGAAGCAAGGCGACUAG